AUGACGAGUAGGUUUCUGCAACCUAUCGGACUAUCCUCGAGCAGUACUCCCAGCGAAGACUACAAAAUUGCAAUGCGUCAGUACGCUAUUCUAGGGGCCACUGGCAACACUGGCCAGGCACUACUGAACGUCCUCCUGCAGUCGCCCGACAACCAGAUUCACGCCUACUGCCGGUCUGCCUCAAAGCUGGACCGAGUACAUCCUGGAAUCACUCAACACCAUCAGGUGAAAGUGUGGGAAGGGUUGCUGGAGGAUGUGUCACUACUAUCUGAAUGCAUUCGAGGCACGCGAGCCGUCUUCAUGGUAGUGGCGAUUCCCGACAAUAUGCCACAUUGUACUAUCGCCCAGGACUGCACCAAUGCCGUGCUUAAAGCUCUCAGAAAGCUCCAAGCAGAAGGAUGCCAGCCUCUACCCCAGUUAAUUGUGCUAUCUUCUGCUAGCCUCGAAGACUCUUUAUGCACCGACGUUCCGCCCCUCAUUCACCGAGUCCUCAACAUAGCCGCUGGUAAUCUCUACAGUGAUCUUGCAAAGGCCGAGAAGGUCCUACGUGCUGAGAAGCAUUGGGUGUCCACAACUUUCGUGAAACCUGGGGGACUAGUGCACGAUGUGCAACGGGGUCAUAUUCUGAGCACCAAAACCGCGAAGACGCCGGUUUCCUUCCUUGAUGUGGCAGCAGGGAUGGUGGAGAUUGCUAACGCGGACGAUAAGAGAUAUGACAUGACGAAUGUGAGCGUCAAUGCAGUCGGACAUGGGACGGCGUUUCCGUGGAAAGGAGUAUACUAUGUGAUGACUGGGCUGCUAUUCCAUUUCUUUCCUUGGACCUACAAGUAUUUCGGGGAUUGCCCCAUGGCCCAGCCCAAGUCCAAGAAAGACCUCUAA